AUGCGUCGUCUUUUCUCCUCGCCAAAGAAAGCCAGCGAAGGCGGGCACUCUUCAAAAGAGAAGUCUUAUAAAUUCGGAGGGUUGAGAAAAACCAAACCCUUCAAGAUUAUCGAGGAAGAUGUACAACCUACGCCUACAGCCUCUUAUUGGGACAAUCUACCGGUCGAACUCCAAAUUUCAAUAUUUAUGGAAUGCGGCAUACGUGACUUUCUAUCCUUGAAGCUUGUCUGUCGCGGGUUCAACGAGGUCUUGACCGUACACGAACUGGCUAUCGCUCAAAAAUAUCUACGACGUCGACGUCAUGGCACACUCCCAUCCACAACCAACAACGAGCGGACAUACACAAUGAAUCCAGAGGACGACGUCGUUCUUCUCUCCGACUUGUUCCCUCCUGCUAAGAGUGCUAAAGAACGUGAUCUCAUGUUUGAACGUGGAACUGCGCAAUUGCAAUUCAAGCUCAUUCCUCUAACGUACUGCGUUGCGUACUUCUUGGAGACUUAUGCCUCUGCACGAAAGGAACAUUCGAAUCAUUUACUUCGAGAAUACGAAGCUGGAAGGCUGCCGGUACCCAUUCCUUUGCGUGUGCGCAGGGAUAUGUACAUUCAACUACAAACCAAUAUCCUUCGCUCUCCUCCGUUCAACGAUACGUCGACGCUUAUAGCUACCCACCAUUGCAUGUAUUUGCUUAUUAUGUCUCUUCUAGAUACUCUGGUCGGUCCUCGUGGACAUUCCGAGCGUGUUGACCCUCGUUGGAUUGGAGGGCUUCUGACAGUGUCUGGAUUCGGAAGGAUUGUUGAGUACUUCUCUGCAGAGAUUGGAGACGGAGCUCAAACUCGGACACAGCGUAAAGAGUUCAUGACCAACUUUGAGAGGGACAUGGAUCUUAACGCGCGAGAGGAGAUGCAUCCAUGCGUCUACGAACCUCCGCCAAGCGGUCAGCCACAUCAUUCCAUUGUCCAGGAAGUUUGGCUUGACGCCGCAGGACGCGAAUUAAGCUCUCGAGACGUGAACCCUCAUGACUCGGAAAGAUUUGUCAUCUGGGACGAGAUCCCAAUAUUCAUAGGGUGUAAUCAGUGCCGUGAUGCUGAUGGCUGGAUGUCUUUUUGA